AUGAUUCUCAUUCUCGUCGCCACAUUUGUUGGUAAAAAUGUUCUUCUUACAAUCGCAUUUGGUUUUGGAACCAUUCUAGCCCUCCUUGCCGCGGCUGGUGCUGUCUACUGUGUCCUGUAUCUCAUUGCCAACUUUAACUUGCAUUACAACUGGGAAUGGAAAGUCUAUUUGGUUUCGAUGCUGAUUGCCCAAGUCCUCAUGAUUUUCUGUAUGCUACUUGACCCGUCGAAACCAGUUACUCUCAUUAUUUGUUUUACAGACGUAAUUGCCCUUCUUUGUCUUAUCGUCGAAAUCAUUGCAUUCAACCGUCGCGUUCGAGAAGAUGAGAGACGCACCCAACCGACGUGGAGAAGAUACUGA